AUGGCUAUCCUCGAGACUUUUCGGGCAGGUCCCUGGGGUCAGCACAAAUACCAGCUUCUUAAGGCAGCUCAAGAGAUAUCAUACUACUACCAUGCCCGCGUGACAAAGAGGACAUGGACCACGACUUUUUUGGUAGCAGCAGUGAUUUUCUUCCUUUGGCAUUUCCCGCUACUCCCGGCAAACUUCAACCGCAUUGCCAAUGGACGUUGGUGCGAUCAUCCCAUCUCCAUACUUGCGUCCGACGCCUCACGAGGAUUCAAUGAAACCUUGAUGCGCCAGUCCAAAUCAUUGGAAGACGCAGUCACAAAAUACCGUCGACAAUAUAACAUGCCGCCGCCUCCCCACUUCGAUAAAUGGUACGACUUGGCGACGCAGCGGAACACGACGUUGAUGGAUGAAUACGACACGAUAUACCAUUCUUUACUACCUUUCUGGGGGCUGUCCCCGAGCACAAUCCGCUCCCGUGUUAAGGAGGACCUAAGCUUCGACAACGUGGUGAUGGGUAUCUCUAUUCGCAAUGGCGAGCCGAUUCACCUAGGCAAUGGCCAGGGAGAUUUCCAAGGGAAUGCCGCAAUGAAACAGUUCAAAAAAUUUGCCCAAAGCUACCCGAUAUGGACCUCGAGUUCAACGUUCACGAUGAGCCGCGGGUCGUUGUUCCUCACGAGGAGUUACACAGACUGGUAA